AUGGUCCCAAAAGAAGACCAUCAGUACACUGGGAUUAUACAACUGCUUCACUAUUUUGGUUGGACGUGGAUCGGGAUUUUUGUUAUUGAUAACAACCAUGGAGAAAAUGUAUUACAGGAAAUGCUGCCAUUGCUUGCAGAGAAUGGAAUCUGCUUGUCGUUCAUAGAAAGGCUUCCUCAACAAGUCGACUUGGAAGACUUUCCUGAACUUUAUCAAAUAAUCUCAAUGAUUUCCAUUAAUUUGAUGAAUAACAAAGCCAAUGCAUUUCUUGUCUAUGGAGAAGCCUGGACAAUUAUGUGGCUAAGAAUUGUCGUAUUUAUGUUAGAUCCUGAAAGCAAGGAAACUGCAUUAUUUAGAAAGGUGUGGAUCAUGACUGCACAGAUUGAUUUUGUAUUAUCAGGCAUUCAAAUCACAUGGGAACUUCAGAUGUUCCAUGGAGCUCUCUCCUUCACUGUUCAUUCAACAGCCAUUGUAGGUUUCAAGGAAUUUCUUCAGACCAUAAAUCCUCUUUCAGACAACAGAGAUGGGUUUCUGCGGGAAGUUUGGGAACAAGCAUUUGAUUGUUCACUUCCUAAACCAGAGUUACCAGACACACACAAUAGACAGUGCACUGGGGAGAUGAAGCUAGAGAAUCUUCCUGGGCCUGUCUUUGAAAUGGAAAUGACUGGCCAAAGCUACAGCAUCUAUAAUGCUGUUUACACUGUGGCUCAUGCUUUGCAGGCUCUGUACAUUUUAGGGUUCAAGAGGAAGACAACAAGGAUGCAUAAAAAAACUGAUCUUUUAAAUCUGCAGGCUUGGCAGCUCCAUUCAUUUCUUCAAGGCAUUUCUUUUAACAAUUCAGCUGGGGAGAGAGUGUUCCUGAAUGAGAAAGGGGAAGCAACUGGAGGAUUUGACAUCACCAACUUGAUCACUUUUCCAAAUAGAUCAUUUCAUAGAGUUAGAGUUGGAAAGCUGGAUCUAGAGGGUCCAAAAGGGAAUGAAUUUUCGAUAGAUGAAGAUGUGAUUGUCUGGAACCCAGCUUUUAACCAGGUUCUUCCACUUUCUCGAUGCAAUGACCCUUGUUUCCCUGGAUCCUGGAAGAAAGGGAUUGAGGGAAAUCAGUUCUGCUGCUAUGACUGUGUUCCAUGUCCAGAAGGGAAGAUUUCAAAUCAAAAUGAUAUGGAUGACUGUUUUGAAUGUUCACAAGAUCAUUAUCCAAAUAAAGAAAAGAAAGGUUGUAUCCUGAAACUGCUGGUCUUUCUGACUUUUGAAGAAACCUUAGGAAUUGGUUUAGCCUCAGCAGCUCUUGGUUUCUUCUUUUUGACCUCUGCGGUACUUGGAACCUUUAUUAAGCACAAGGAUACUCCCAUUGUCAAAGCCAACAACAGGUCCUUCACCUAUGCCCUGCUUGUCUCUCUUCUGCUCUGUUUUCUCUCCUCUUUUUUCUUUCUUAGCCAGCCUGGCAAAGUGACCUGCCUUUUCCGGCAACCAACUUUUGGCAUCACUUUCUCAGUGGCCAUUUCUAGUGUACUGGCCAAAACCAUCACUGUGGUUGUGGCUUUCAUGGCCACUAAACCUGGAUCUCAGAUGAGGAGAUGGGUAGGGAAAAGAUUGGCCUUUUCUAUUGUCCUUUCCUGCUCUUUUAUGCAAGUAUGUCUUUGUAUUGCGUGGUUGUCAACAUCUCCCCCGUUCCCUGAGUUGGACAUGUAUUCACAACCCCAUGAAAUGGUUUUACAAUGCAAUGAGGGGUCAGCUUUCUUUUUCUACUGUGUCUUGGGCUACAUGGGUAUCUUGGCCAUUGCCAGCUUUAUUGUGGCUUUCCUUGCCCGUAAAUUACCUGACACCUUUAACGAAGCCAAGUUCAUCACCUUUAGCAUGUUGGCCUUUUGCAGUGUGUGGAUCUCCUUCUUUCCAGCCUAUCUGAGCUCAAAAGGUAAAGCUAUGGUAGCUGUGGAGGUCUUCUCCAUCUUGGCGUCCAGUGCUGCAUUACUGGGAUGCAUAUUCCUGCCAAAAUGCUACAUCAUUGUUUUCCGUCCUGACCUCAACCACAGGGAGCAACUCACAACGAGAAAUUAA